UGCAACAGCAGCAAAUGCGCAUCAAAUUCAAAACCGGCAAAAAGGACAUCGAUAGAAAACCGAAAUAGUUGUCAGGAGUUGGUGAGGAGUUGUGAGGAGGAAGGAGUGCUUAUUCGUUAAAUUUUGCUCCUCUUUUCUGAAAAACUGCCCAGUGAUGGACGAGUAUACAGAGAGACUUCUGGAGAGGACGCGGGCGAGGAGUGAAAACUUGGCUAAGAAGAUGAACCAAUCCCAGGUGUCACCCCGCAAGAGGAGAACUCCACUGACAGACAUGAACUCCUCGGACAGUGACGAGAAGAAAGUCCGAUUUGACGACUCCCCAGUGAAGUCUGCACUGCAGAGCAGCGAAGUGAAGCCAGACACACCCGCUAUCCCCUCCAUCCGGUCACGCAUGAGUAAGCUGGCUGAUAUGAGAAGGGAGUGGUCAGCCGCAGACGGGUCGGAGCUCGACUCUCCCCAGAAUGUGUCAGCACCACGGCCGCGGCAGCAGGAGGAUGCACAACAGCAGCAGCCCAGCGGCAGCUCCAUGCCCAGCACUAGGAAGAGCAGGUUUGCUGCCCUGGCAGCCAGCAUCAACAGCUGGGAGGACGACCUGGACCACCCUAAACAUCACUUCCAACACGAGGAGAAGCCAUCAACACGUAAAUGGGAGCGUCCUAAACCAGUUGAGGAAGUAAGUGAUGACCAUCUGCCAGCAAAGCAAGGUAACGGAAUCUUGUCAGUUACACCCAAAAAGCCAGCCCGCAGUGUGAGGUUUGAGGACCAGGAGGAUCACAAGCCAGCAGCUUUUGGAAACGGGCAGGGUAAGGCCCAGAUGAGAUCACUCCCAACAAGCAGCAGCCCUGCCAGGGAGAAAAACACCUCGGGGGAAGACUCCAAGUCGGCAAAACCAGGAGGCAAGGCUGAGCUUAGAUCUCUUCCAACUGGUAGCCCUGCCAAGGUCAGUGCGUACUCCAGGCUGGUAGAGCAGAAACAGGAGGUGGGAAAAUCCUCCGUGGGCUCGCCCUCCAAGUCUACCUCAGGAGGCACCCCGGCCAGGAAACGGAUCCAGGUGUCCCUGUCUCGGGAGAGAGAGCCCUCCCGACUGGAAGUACAGAAGCACUUUGCCCAAGAGCAGCAACAGCCAACUCCUAAACCCAGAGCAGGACCACCCACCACUACCAUCAGCUCUACUAAUGUCACCUCCACAACUCAGUCUUCUACCAAGCGGCCUGCACCACAGCCAGACCAAGCCAAAAAGAAACAGGCAGUGGCAUCAUCUGGAGCAAGCACCAACCAGGCUUCGGUCAAGGAGGGAGUCACUGAUGUCAAGGCGUACUUUGGGAGGCACAAGACGGCCACCGCUCCAGCCACGACCCCCAAUAAAGUGGAGCCACGUGUGAGUGCCAUGGCCAAGUCCAUCCAGGACAGACUUCGUCAACACCAGGAGAAUUGGCAAAGCAACGAUAUCAAUAAAAAGAUCCAGGAGCAAAGAAAGAAAGAGUUAGAAAUCAUCAAACAGAGGUGGAACCAUUCUGGCAAGACUGAGCCUGCCAAGCAGGAGACAGAGAAAGAACAACCCACUCCUAUGCCCAGGGUGACCAUCACUCGCUCUGUACCAGAGCCUGAGGCAAAUGAAGACGAAUUGGAUAACCAGAUGGAGGUCAGUGAGGACACUAUCAACAUCGGCAUGGUCGAAUCGCCAACAAGCAAGUCUUUGUCAUCAUCUGAUGAAGAAGAGGCAGAAAAGACGAUUGAAGAGGAGCCCACAGAGGUACUCCAAAAACGGAUGACCGGUGAGGCCUCCUGUCAGGAAAAAGAACAGGCCACCCCACUACCCCCUCCCAGAGAGAAGGUCAUAGCCAAGGCUAGUACCCAGCAGCCAGAAGAGACUGUUUCUACUAGCACUCCCCAGGCACCACCUAGACCUCGCAGGACAAACAGCAAACUCCUUGCUGAGGAGGAAGCCAAAGCCCAGCAAGAAUCUGUGUCCAAACAUCCCCAGCAAGAAGAGGACGAUGAUGACGAUGCUGAUGACGAAUAUGAUGAUGAUGAUGAUGAUGUUCAGGAGCUGAACAUCACUGAUGUUCUGGGGGAUAUUGACGACCUUCUGAAUGAGGCAGAGCAAGCUAUGGAGGUAGAGAAAAAGGCUGGGAACCCCACCCCAUCCCAGAGACAGGAACAGCCGGCCAAACCGCAGGCCCUAGUCCAGAAGCCUCCUACUGGGAAUGCCUCUCAACCCAAGCCCGGCGCCGUGACCCCCCAGUCUCCCAAUCUGUACAGCAUUGAAUCCUUCCGUAAACAAGGCCCCAAGUCACCGGCAGCCACCAAGACCAUCAUCAGGAGCAAAAGCGGCACUGUGGGACCCGGGGAGGGAGUUGUACCCAUGGUACUCAAGCCCAUUCCCAUCAAGGAACAGAUACAGACCCUGACGGAAGAAGUGUCUACACAGCAGAGUAUCAUCUAUCAGACCAGCCAAGCCCUCAACCUGAUUGCAUCCAAUGCAGAGUACAGGGGCUCCAGGCAGGAAGUAGAGGCAGAAAGAUUGCUUCUCAUUGCUGCUCAGAGACGCCAAGCCUGCCUGGCAGAAAUCCAACGGCUGAAGACACCAAUGAGUGCCCGCGAGUCCAACAUGGUGCAGACCUCAGAGGGUGAAAUCAUGCGGCCCUGCAAGGGCUUUGUCACCAUACAAGACAUCAGGCUGCCGCUCAAGACAGAAUAUAUCCUGUCCUCCAAGCAAGAUCGCAUGUGUCAUUCUUUCUUCCUGCUCCUGCGCUGCAGAGAGCACGUCCUAGCCACUCGUAUUCAGACCACAGUGGAUGGUGUUGCUGGCGACUGCCUGCCAUUCAGUAACAUCGCCAAAUUCAACAACCUUGACAGCGACUUUGUGAUUGAGGCCUUCGUCUUUGAGAUGCAGAACAAGAGGCCCAAGGUGGAGGACAAGAGCAAGCAGACGUUCCUCUCCAGCCUGACCCCCAAGAAGCUCCUCGCCAACAUGUCCAAGGACUCCAGGCAAAGUGUCAAGGCCCCCAUUGCUCCCAGCCCUGGUGGUCCAGGCUCUGUCCGUGCCAGCAGCUUCACCUUGGUGGGUGCUACCAGACUGACCCUUCAGAGCUGCAGGGUCAACAGGUUCAUGCUAAGCAAGGUUCCAUUCAACUCGCCCCUUGAGGGUACUGUUCACCUGAAGAUGUCAUGCCACACCAAUGCCAAUGUUAUUGAGCAUGGCUGGCUGACUAUGUUUGAUGAUAUCAGUGGCUUUGGAGCUUGGCACAGGCGCUGGUGUGUGCUGAGUGGCGGGUACAUAUCCUAUUGGAAGUACCCUGAUGAUGAGAAUCGCAAAGCCCCCAAUGGUACCAUUGACUUGAGGCAAUGCGUCACUAAUGAAGUAGCUCCUAUCUCCCGCAUUCUCUGUGCUCGACCCAACACCUUUGAGCUGGUAACCCGCCAGCCGGCCUCCAAAGCCAUGCACCACGGCAAGGACACGCUGGUCACCAAGCACGAAGACUGCGCAGUCACCACCAAGCAUAUGCUGUCAGCAGAUGUCAAGGAAGACCGUAUCCGAUGGAUCAACGCUCUCAACAAAACACUCCUGGAUCUGAGAACAUGGUGCCGAGAAGCUGCAAGGCUGGGCCCUUCUCAGUAAAGUACUCCGACUGAGCACUUCAGGAAAAUGAUUCAGCUCAAUCUAGGUAAUUAUUUGCCACAAAACAGUCCCGUUUCAGGUACUUAACAGUUGAGCUAAGUUACUACUGAAGCUUCUUUAACUGGACCUAUUCCAGUAUAAUUACUAACCAUAGUUUAGCUGAACUUUAUAUCCACCGAUGCAAAGACCAUAGGUUUUUGUUCUUCGCUUUUUAAAAUAGUUGGCAAACUGCCAGAAGGCAAGUGUGUCAAGCCUGCAAGUUGACGGGAAAUAUUUCAAUUUUGUUAAACAAAACUAGUCAAGUAAAAGAAGCUGGAAUCAAAGAGCAAAGCAUUCAAACACUGUACCAAAAGACAAAACGAAAUAGCAAUGCCCAUAGCUCUAAAGGCUACAGAUAAUGUUGUGUUGGGCGAGAACAAGUGGAAUUUAAACUGCAUAUACAUGAGAUCAGUGUGGUAUGCUGCUUUCAUCGGGAAAUGGGAAUCACUUGGCAGAGUCUCACGUGCGUAAUAUUUUAUUUUGCUUAUCUUACUAGUAUGUGUUAUAAUUCACUUCAUAUUUUACUUUGGAGCUGCAGAGAUGAAGAAGGAUUCAAUUAUGUAUCUCAACUAGUACUUAAAUAGUUCAUUGUAGUCAACAUUAACAGCACCAUACUCCUUUUUUAAAUCUCCAAAAGCAGUCACUUUUAACAAGCAUGAAAUUUCAUCCUGCAUUCAUUUUGUUGUCCGAUGUUGCUUUCUUAACAUUCUUAAGAGUUGCUCAGAGCUUACAGAUACUUUGCUGGACAUGUGAGUGAUUCUUAUUUGUUGACAAGAGACUAGUAGACUUGUAGAUCAGCAUAAAGAAAUUAGUCAAAAAGGAUUAUUUGUAAUCACCAGUGUAUAAUCAUAUCUUCAGCUAUUUUUUCCCUCGCCAAGUUUGCCCACUUUUCAAGAAGUUUUUGCUUAUUCAUUUCCCUGGUUAUUUAUGUCACCAUCACAAUUGUCAUUAAAAUAAAGUGAUUGUCUUGUAAUUAGUUUACUUAUUUCAAAUAUAUUUAUAAAUUUAUAUAUUCAUUUAGCUGAUGACAGAACUUAAUAUGCAAAUUUUAUUUCAUGGUAGUAUGUUUAUUGGAAUCAUAUGUAUGUGCUUACAGUUUUUUUAAUAUUAUGAGCUUGUUUUCCAUCAAUACAUGUAUGUACGUUAGAAUACUUGUGUUUUCUGUUCCUGAAGAGGAGUAAAUUUAAUAAUGGAAUCUUUUUCCUAGUUGGCUCAUCGGUCUCAUAAUUAAAUUCCUAGCAUUCUUUUAUAACCAAUUGUACAUACAUGAAGCAUGUAAAAGUAGUCUGUGAAGGUGGUAACUUUACAAUUAUUUUGAAUCUCUGCAUUUACACGUUUAUAUUCUGCGCUGUUGUAACUUGCUUAGGUUGAAAUGUGAAAUUGAAAUCAAACCGUAAUGCGAAAAAGGGGUAGGGAAAUGCAAUAAAUUGUAAUGAGUUUGGUGUACAUGUA